CAGAGAAAAAAAAACACAUAAUGAUUUCGUUUGCUUGACUCAAAAUAAUUGCUCUUUAAGUCAAUGGAUGGAUGAUCCUUUCAUUUGGUCAUUCACAAACUGCUUGUUUAUACAAUCCAUCAAGGCAGAUUACUUGUUCACAACACCUCAUCCAUGGCACUUGUGAGAGCAGCCCAGCAAACCUCCUCUUCUUAUACUUGUCGAUAUUGUCGUUAUCACGUGUUCCUGAGUUUCAGAGGCCAAGACACUCGCAAGACUUUCACUGACCACCUCUACACGGCCCUUGUCAACGCUGGAUUUCGCACUUUCAGAGACGACGAUGAAGUCGAGAGAGGAGAAGGUAUCAAGCCCGAACUGCAGAAAGCAAUCAAACACUCACGAACUUCUGUUAUUGUGUUCUCAAAAAACUACGCAUCGUCCAGAUGGUGCCUUGAUGAGCUCGUCAUGAUCCAUGAACGGCUCUCAGCUGACCAUGUCGUUUUUCCUGUCUUCUACGACGUGGAUCCAUCCGAUGUGCGGAACCAGACGGGAAGUCUUGCAAAGGCAUUUGCUAGACACCAAAAAACACAAUCGUCGAACAAAGUGAAGGAAUGGAGGAAGGCACUUAAAGAGGUUGCAGAUCUGGGAGGGAUGGUCUUACAAAAUCAAGCUGAUGGACACGAGUCAAAGUUUAUCAACAAGAUUGUUCAAGUGAUAGGAAAAACACUAAGGCGUAGACCCCUAAGUGUUCCCCACUUCGUGAUCGGAAAGCAUUCUCUAGAUCUAGUCAACAAACUGAAUUUAUGGUUACAAGAUGGAUCAGAUGAUGUUGGCAUACUUGUAAUUUAUGGCAUGAGUGGAAUAGGGAAGACAACCAUUGCAAAGCGUGUUUAUAAUUCAAACUAUGGAAGGUUUGAAGGAAGGAGCUUCCUUGAAAACAUAAAAAGAGUUUCGCAGCAACCCAAUGGCUUAGUUCAAUUACAAACACAGCUUCUUUCUGAUGUUUUGAAAGGGAGAAAAAUGAAAAUAAGCAGUGUUAGUGAAGGAUUAACUGAGAUUGAAGAUGCAAUAAGCUCUAAGAAGGCUCUCCUUGUUCUCGAUGAUGUGGAUCAUAUGGAUCAAUUAGAUGCUGUAUUUCGGAUGAAAGAUCAAUUUUGUCCAGGAAGUAAAAUCAUAAUAACAACUAGGCAUGCAAGAUUGUUAAGGGCUCAUCAAGUUACUAAGAUGCAUAAAGUUGAAACUUUGGAUGACAAGGAAUCAUUGGAGCUUUUUAGUUGGCACGCUUUUGGUCAGGACCAUCCCAUUGAAGGUUACAUAGAAUAUUCGCAAAAAAUAGUGGGUCAUUGCGCAGGACUUCCAUUAGCUCUUAAAGUUUUAGGUUCUUCUUUGUUGGGGGAAAGUAUAGAUGUAUGGAAAAGUGCACUGGAGAAGUUAGAAGCCAUUCCAAAUGGUGAAAUAGUAAAUAAACUAAGAGUAAGCUAUGACUCUUUGCAAGAUGACCAUGACCGAAAUUUAUUCCUCCACAUUGCUUGUUUCUUUAUCGGAAAGGACAAAGACUACAUUGUUAACAUACUAGAUGGAUGUGAUUUCUACACACUUGUUGGCAUUCAAAAUCUCAUUGAUAGAUGUUUGGUGAUUAUUGAUGGAUGGGACAAGGUGCAAAUGCACAACCUGAUUCGUGGAAUGGGAAGAGAAAUUGUUCGCCUAGAAUCCAAGGAGCCUUGGAAGCGUAGUAGAGUAUGGCAUCAUAAAGACUCUUUCAAAAUCUUGACAGAAAAGAAUGGUACGGAAACAAUUGAAGGUCUUGUCCUAGACAUGCACAUGUGCCCUACAAACAGUUCCCUAAACUCAAAUGAGAAAGUCUUGGAAACCAAUUCAUUUUCAAGGAUGCAUGAAUUAAAACUACUCCAUCUCAGUCAUGUAAAACUCGACGGAUGUUACGCAGAAUUUUGUACCGGAUUAAGAUGGUUGUGUUGGAUUGCAAUUGAUGAGCUCGAGACUGGGAAAGGAAUGAACCAAAUUGGCACCUUACAACGUGCUGGUGAUACUCGUUGGGGUUCUCAUUUGAAAUCAAUUACUAGCUUGGUAAAUAUGUUUAGUGCAACAUGCAUAGUUCUAAUUAAUAUAAUUGAUAACGGAACUACUUAUUCUCAACGAGGAGAUGUUGAUGCGGCUUAUGAGGCAAUGACUUCAUAUGAAUUUGUCUUUAUCUUACAUCUAAUGAAAGAAGUUAUGGAGAUCACUAAUGAUCUUUGUCAAGCUUUGCAAUGUCAAUCCCAAGACAUCAUAAAUGCCAUGAAUCUUGUUUCUUCCACUAAAGCACUCAUCCAAGAAUUAAGAGAUGAUGGAUGGGAUUCUUUGCUUACCAAGGUGAAUUCUUUUUGUGAAGCACGGAACAUAGAUAUACUAGAUAUGAAUGCUCGUUAUGUUGCAAGACGAGGUAGAGCUCGCCAUCAACAAGAUGAUUUUACGAUUAAGCAUUAUUAUAUGAUAGAUAUUUUUUAUGCUACAAUAGAUUCUCAACUUCAAGAAUUAAAUAGCAGAUUUAGUGAUCAAACAACAGAGCUGCUUAUUAUGGGGUCGGCUUUGGAUCCUCGUGAAGUGAAUAAAUCUUUUAGGAUUGAUGAUAUUUGUCAAUUGGUAGAUAAGUUCUAUCCACAAGACUUUGAAGAUCAUGAGAAGAUAGGUUUGAGAAGACAACUUCAACAUUUUGAGAGUGACGUCGUUAGACUUCCAGAGUUCAAAAACUUGUCAACAAUUUCUGAUCUAUCUCAAUGGAUGGUAACGACUAGAAGAUCAACGACAUAUCCACUUGUUUAUAGAGUGGUUGUUCUUGUGCUUACUCUUCCUGUUUCUACAGCAACUGCAGAGCGAUCAUUUUCUGCUAUGCGUAUAGUAAAAACUAGGCUCCGUAACAAGAUGGAAGACGAAUUUCUCACAGACUCUUUGAUUAUGUACAUCGAAAGGGAAAUUGCAGAAAAGUUUAGCGUUGAAAAUUUGAAACUUUUUGAUGUCUUGUUUGGUUUAUAUAUUGGCCCCCCAACACAUAAAUUCCUGGCUCCGCCACUGAUCUCAGCUGACCAUGUCAUUUUACCUGUCUUCUACGACGUGGAUCCAUCCGAUGUGCGGAAGCAGACAGGAAGUCUUGCAAAGGCAUUUGUUAGACACCAAACAACCCAACCGUCGAACAAAGUGAAGGAAUGGAGGGAGGCACUUGCAGAGGUUGCAGAUCUGGCAGGCAUGGUCUUACAAAACCAAGCUGACGGACAUGAGUCAAAGUUUAUCAACAAGAUUGUUCAAGUGAUAGGAGAAAAACUAAGGCGUAGACCCUUAAGUGUUCCCCACAUCAUGAUCGGAAUGCAUUCUCGAGUCAACGAACUUAAUUUAUGGUUACAAGAUGGAUCAGAUGAUGUCGGUAUACUUGUAAUUUACGGCAUGAGUGGAAUAGGGAAGACAACCAUUGCAAAGUCUGUUUAUAAUACAAACUUUAGAAGAUUUGAAGGAAGCAGCUUCCUUGAAAACAUUAGAGAAAUUUCACAACUGCCCAAUGGCCUAGUUCAAAUACAAAUACAACUUCUUUCUGAUAUUUUGUAUGGGAGAAAAGUAAAAAUACAUAGUGUUAGCAAGGGAAUGACUGAGAUAGAAGAUGCGAUAAGCUCUAAAAAGGUUUUUCUUGUUCUCGACGAUGUGGAUCAUAUUAGCCAAUUAGAUGUGGUGCUUGGGAUGAAAGAUAAGUUUUAUCCAGGAAGUAAAAUCAUCAUAACAACUAGGCGUGCAGGAUUGUUAAAGGCUCAUCAAGUUACUAAGGUGCAUGCAGUUGGAACUUUGACUCGAGAAGAAUCAUUGGAGCUCUUUAGUUGGCACGCUUUUGGCCAAGACCAUCCCAUUGAAGAUUACAUAGAAUUUUCAGAGAAGCUAGCCGAUCACUGCGGAGGACUUCCAUUAGCUCUUCAAGUUUUAGGUUCUUCGUUGUUGGGGGAAAGUAUAGGUGUAUGGAAAAGUGCAUUGGAGAAAUUGAAAGUCAUUCCAAAUGGUGAAAUAGUAAAUAAGCUAAGAGUAAGUUACGAUUCUUUGCAAGAUGACCAUGACCGAAAAUUAUUCCUCCACAUUGCUUGUUUCUUUAUCGGAAAGGACAAAGAUUACAUUGCUAAAAUACUGGAUGGAUGUGAUUUCUAUACAAUUGUUGGCAUUCAAAAUCUCAUCGAUAGAUGUUUGGUGACAAUAGUUGAUGGAUGGGACAAGGUGCAGAUGCACGACCUGAUUCGUGGAAUGGGAAGAGAAAUUGUUCGCCUAGAAUCAAAUGAGCCUUGGAAGCGUAGUCGAGUAUGGCAUCAUAAGGACUCUUUCAAAAUCUUGAUGGAAAAGAAUGGUACGGAAACAAUUGAAGGUCUUGUCCUAGACAUGCACAUGUGCCCUACAAACAGUCCCAUAAACUCAAAUGAGAAAGUCUUGGAAACCAAUGCGUUUUCAAGGAUGCAUGAAUUAAAACUACUCCAUCUCAGUUAUGUAAAACUCGACGGAUGUUAUGCAGAAUUUUGUACUGGAUUAAGAUGGUUGUGUUGGCUUGAAUUUCCUUUGGAUUCUAUACCCACCGAUUUUCCUGUGGGCAAUCUGAUUGUUCUUGAAAUGCAGUAUAGCGGCUUGAGACAAAUCUAUGAAGGAACAAAAUGUCUUUGGUCCUUGAAGAUCCUUGAUCUUAGCCAUUCUCAUUCCCUUACAGAAACAAUGGACUUCUCAUAUUGCCCAAAUCUAGAGAAAUUGGUUCUAGUAGACUGUACAAGCCUGAUUUAUGUCCAUGGAUCCAUUGGAAACCUAGAGAGACUUAUUUACUUGAAUAUGAAAGAUUGCGAAAACCUUAGGAUGCUUCCCAAGAACAUUUGUAUGCUAAAAUCACUUGAAACAUUUAUUAUAUCCGGUUGCUCAAAUCUUAAUGGGUUAUCAAUUGAGAUGUUGAGGAACAUGGACUCGUUAAAAGUGCUUGAGACAGAUGGAAUUCCGAUAAGUGAAUUAUGGCUAGAAAGAAGUUCGAGUAUCUUGGGUUCUUUACCAUGCUCUUUAGUAGAAUUAAGUCUUUGGGGGUGCAAUCUUUCGGAUGAUGCCUUUCCUAUGGAUUUUAGUCAUUUGUCCUCAUUGCAGAGACUAAAUCUAGGGAAUAAUCCAUUUGGUAGCCUACCAAAUUGUAUCAAAGGAUUAACAAGGCUCCAUAAACUCUCUUUUUCCAAGUGUACAAGUCUCAAAUCGCUUCUCAGGUUACCAAAACUAAGCUACUUGGAUAUCUCCGGUUGCAUAUCAUUGGAAAAAAUAACGUAUCAAUACCCCCUUUUAGCCUGGAAAGGCGGUACCGGAUUAAGUUGCAACUACAACCUAGUUGAGUGGGAGUACAGCUACAAGUUACAACCCAUUGGAAGGGUAGAUGUAGAAAUGAUCAACCUCUUGGAAUUGUGCAACUUGGUGGAAUCAAUGGCACCCAUUCGGAUGCACAUACAAUUCCGAAAUUUACGAAAGGUUGAUCCAAUUCCUGUCCAGGGAUUGUACGAAGAAAGUAUAUUCAGCACUUUUUUUGCUGGGAAUGAAGUUCCAGGCCAGUUCAGCCAUAAAAGUACAAAGUCCCCAAUAUCUUUUACAGUGCCAUUACGUGAUUAUAAUCACAGAAUUCGAGGCUUGAAGGUCUUCGCUAUAUAUACAAAAUUGAAUGCCAAUGGAUCUUCUAAAGGUUUACCUGGGCCAAUAAUGACUAGAGUCAGAAAUAAGAGCAAGGGUCUGAAGUGGAUCUAUUGCCCACGAUGCUACGGUAUUCCAAGUGAAGGAGAAGACAUGAUAUGGUUAAGCCUCUGGAAGUUGGAGGAGCAGGUUCACUUAGAAGGUGGCGAUGAAGUGGUUGUUUCAGUAAUAAUGCAACCUUGGCUUCAGGUUAAGGAGUUUGGAAUCCAGCUUCAAGAGAAUCAUAAUAUGAUGACUUAUUAUCCAUGUGUCAAGAGUGUAGAUUUGUAUCAAUAUCAGCCAGGAGUAUACUUGCUUUCCACAAGAACUGUACCAAUACACUUGCACAGAUGCACUCCAGGUGUUUGA